CGAUCCGUCGGUCGCCAUGGCGGCUCCGAUCACGCUGCUGGUCGUCGUCGUCCCGCUGGUCGUCGCUGCGGCCGCCGAGCUGCCGCGGCUGGAGCACCUGCCCAGCAAGGAGGACCGGUCGCUCGCCUUGCUCGCCGUCGGCGACUGGGGUCGGCGCGGGCAGUUCAACCAGUCCCUGGUGGCGGAGCAGAUGGGGAUAAUUGGCGAGAAGAUGGACAUCGAUUUCGUCAUCAGUGUCGGCGACAACUUCUACAAGAAUGGCCUCACCGGUGUCGACGACAAGACCUUUGAGGAGUCUUUCACUAACAUAUACACCGCCAAGAGUCUCCAGAAGCCCUGGUACACAAUUCUUGGCAAUCAUGACUACAGAGGCGACGCUCUUGCGCAGCUGAGUCCCGUACUUCGCAACCUCGAGAGCAGAUGGAUCUGCAUGAAGUCCUUUGUAGUUAACGCAGAGGUUGCGGAUUUCUUCUUCGUCGACACGACCCCCUUCGUCCUCAAGUACUGGAAUGAACCUAAGGACAGCACGUACGACUGGAGAGGGGUUGCUCCUCGCGAGACCUACAUCGCCAAGCUCCUCAAGGAUUUGACCUGCGGACUGAAGCAGUCCAAGGCGACAUGGAAGAUCGUCGUCGGCCACCACGCCAUCAGGAGCGUCAGCGAGCACGGUGACACCCAGGAGCUCGUGCAGCAGCUUCUCCCAAUCCUCAAGGCCAAUGGGGUUGAUCUCUACAUCAACGGUCAUGAUCACUGCCUCGAGCACAUCAGCAGCAGGGACAGUCCACUUCAAUAUCUGACAAGUGGCGGCGGUUCUAAGGCAUGGCGUGGCAUCUUUACACCCAACACCGACAAGCUGGAGUUCUUCUACGACGGGCAGGGAUUCAUGUCGCUGCGGCUGACCAACACGGAGGCACAUGUCGCCUUCUAUGAUGUCGCCGGAACCGUACUACACAGCUGGGGGCUCACCAAGGGGGCAUACUACUAAUAAUAAGCUACAAUACCAAAGUUUCAUUCUUGUUUGUGAGUUGAUUGAUCGAUUAGUCAGGCCAACCGGGCACACCUUCUUUGGAAAAUUGUAGUUGAUGUUUUGAGUGCUUUUAUGGGGGCGAUAUGUGCAAGUGUAGCGGAUGUAAUUGUUUUUUCCUGUGUAAUAAAUCAAAGUGGUGCUGCUCGGACACCCGUCUGAAAGAAAAUGAUAUCAAAGCACAUGUUAAAUAA